AUGAAACAACAGCUGUUCAAGGUAUUCAAGGCAUUCAACCGGGCCGGUCUACAUGGGUUUUUCAAUGACCAUUCUUAUCUUUCGGCGCACUCAACAAGGGAGUUGAAGAAAGAAUUUGCUUCAGUCCGCGAUGUUGGUUCUACAAUUUCUUCUGCAUCCAGUGGGCAGCAUUUGCAAGCGGAGACCAAUAAACUUAAAAAGAAAAGGCGACGAUACCGAAAUGAACUGGAAUCGUUGCUUCCACCACCAGUGGAUGUUGAGCAGUAUGCGUUACAGAUGAAGCCAAAAAUUUGGAAGCCAAGAACAGCUGAAGAAGAGCGAGAACUUAUCUACAAUUUCCAAAAGGUGUGCCUUUUGCAGCUGCUAUUCUGCUUCAUUAUAUUAAUUUUUACUUUAGAUCAUCCAAAUUACCUCGUUUGA